UUCCAUUAAUCAAAAACCAAACUCGAAUAUUCAUCAUGGCACUUAUAGACUUACAACUCUCAAACUCAUUACUGUUUUGCCUUGUUCCUUUUCUAUUCAUUCUCUUCAUCAAAUUCAAGAAAACAAGAAAAAAUACCCUUUCAUCAAGUACUAAAAUACCAAAAUCAUAUCCUAUUAUUGGUUCCUAUUUUUCUAUCAUAGCAAAUCAGGAACAAAGAAUUCAAUGGUUAUCUGAUAUUAUACUCAGCACCCCUAAACUUACUUUUACUCUCAUUCGCCCCUUCAGUUUCCACACUAUUUUCACUGCCAAUCCAUCUAACGUCCAACACAUGCUGAAAACAAACUUCUCUGUUUACCAAAAAGGCCAUAAUUCAAACAGUACUCUAGCUGAUUUUCUCAGUAACGGCAUUUUUAACGUCGAUGGCGAUAAAUGGAAGUACCAAAGACAAGUUGCUAGUCACGAAUUUAACACGAGAUCCUUGCGAAAAUUCGUUGAAACGGUCGUUGAUACUGAACUUUCUGAACGUUUAAUUCCAAUAUUUGCCAAUGCAGCUGCUGAAAAUAAAGUUGUUGAUUUACAAGACAUUUUACAAAGGUUUGCAUUUGAUAACAUUUGUAAAAUUGCAUUCGGGUAUGACCCGGGUUAUUUGUUACCGAAUCUGCCCGAAGCAGAAUUCGCUGUUGCAUUUGAAGAUUCUGUUCGAUUAAGCAGCGAAAGAUUUAUUCUUCCUUUUUCAUUAAUUUGGAAAAUUAAACGUGCACUUAAUAUUGGUUCGGAGAAGAAAUUGCAAAUUGCAAUCAAACAAGUACGCGAAUUCGCGAGAAAAAUUGUGAGAGAGAAACAGAGGGAGCUGAAUGAGAAGUCAUCGCUUGAUUCAGCUGAUUUAUUAUCAAGAUUUUUGUGUACAGGUCAUUCAGAUGAAGAUUUCGUUACUGAUAUUGUUAUAAGUUUUAUAUUAGCUGGACGUGACACAACUUCAGCUGUAUUGACAUGGUUUUUUUGGUUGAUUUCGAAGAAUCCAGAAGUAGAAUCCGAAAUAUUGAAAGAGAUUGGAGAUUUUAAAACAGAGGCUUUAGUACGUUACGACGAAGUGAAGAACAUGAUGUAUUGUCAUGCUUCGCUUUGUGAAAGCAUGAGAUUUUAUCCACCAGUACCAAUGGAUUCUAAAGAAGCAGUUAAGGAUGAUGUAUUACCGGACGGUACAUUUGUUAAAAAAGGAUCGAGGGUGGCUUAUCAUCCUUACGCAAUGGGAAGAUCAGAGGAAAUUUGGGGAAAAAAUUGGGCAGAAUUUAAGCCGGAGAGAUGGUUGAAUAAGGAUGAAGUAACAGGGAAUUGGAUAUUUGUGGGAAAAGAUGCAUAUACAUAUCCGGUAUUUCAAGCAGGGCCAAGAGUUUGUUUAGGGAAAGAAAUGGCGUUUUUGCAAAUGAAGAGGGUGGUGGCUGGUGUUAUGCAGCGGUUUAAGGUGAUUCCGGUGGCGGAGAAAGGGGCGGAGCCGAUGUUCAUAUCAUAUCUGACGGCCAAGAUGAAAGGAGGUUUUCCUGUUACUAUUGAAGAAAGGAAUUAAUAGUACUGAAAAAGUAGUUUUUAUUGUAUGCUUUUUUGAAUUAUUUGCUUUUCAAUAAUUGGUUGAGUAUAUAUGUAUUUUUUUUUUAUU